ACAAAUAUUAAUUCAAAAAUAAAUCAAUUUCGACGGCAUCACAAAUGCUGACUAUAUUAUGAUAUCGUUACGCACAUCCAUCCCGUUUCAUUUUUUUUCUCUCUCUCUCCGAAAUUAUUUCUCUCUCCUCCAUUUUCGAGCUUUGCUCGAAAACCAUCUAGUAUUUCUUUUACCUACCAGUUUGAAGAAGACGAAAGAAACAAAAAGGAUCAAUUUCAAUUUCAAAAAGAAUUCAAAUCGUCGAUCGGAGAGCUCUAAUUUAGUUUAACAAUUUCUUAAGUAUCCGGUGUAUCAGAUAACUAUUUCUUUAACUUAUCAAAAUGCCUAAGACAAGAAGAGAUCGUUCUUCCUCUUUUGAAAGGUCUACAAAAUCACCAGCUCCUUGCAGUUCAAGCUUGACAUCUGAAUCAAAGGCAAAACCUCCUUCUGUAACAGAUGAGGACCUAAAAGAAUGGGAGGAUGCCAGGUGCCCUGUCUGUAUGGAGCAUCCACACAAUGCCGUGCUACUUGUUUGUACUGCAUAUGACAAAGGUUGUCGCCCCUACAUGUGUGAUACAAGCCAUAGACAUUCCAACUGUCUUGAUCAAUUUCGCAAGUCGUUUACAGAAGGAACAACAGAGAUACAGUCCGAAGAAGGUGCCCAGCCUACUUUGCAGGCCUCAGAAUUCGGGGCUGUUGAAACUGUGGUAACCUUGCAGGAAGAAGUCAAAUUUCAAGGUCCUGUUGCUGCUGAGAUUGCGAGCAUGCAUAAACUCCCAGAAAAACUCGUCUGCCCUCAUUGUCGUGGAAAAAUCAGUGGGUGGAUUGUGGUAGAUGCGGCUCGUAGUUUUAUGAAUGCCAAGUCUCGCAGCUGUGCCUGUGAGACAUGUGAGUUCAGUGGCAACUACAGCGAUCUUAGAAGACAUGCAAGACAAGAGCAUCCACUAGUAAGACCUUCUGAGGCCGAUCCUGAGAGGCAGCGAAAUUGGAGACGACUUGAGAGGCAAAGGGAUAUAGGUGAUGUGCUCAGUACCAUCCAAUCUAGUUUAGGAGAAGAGCAAGAUGAUCUCCCAAUGGACGAACGUGGUUGGAUAACGAUAUUUUUUCUCUUUCGUGUUUGGCAUCCAUCAUCUAGCCCUAGGAGUAGUAGUGUGUCUAAUACAUCUAGGGUACGAACAAGAUCACAGCAUGCUAGGAGAAGAGCUGCUAGGCUUCGGGAAGGGAACCCUGAUGCUGAGCAAGCGUCUACUUCUGUAGUAGAGGAUGAGGAUUCAUCUGAGGGUGGCGUAGACGUUUGGAGGCGUCAUGUAAGAAGACGUCUAUCCACCCCAGACGAUGAAGAUUGAGUGCAUCAUUGAGAGUUUCCUUGUUGGAUUCUCUUUCUGGGUAGUAGGUGCUGGGCAUAUCUUUGUUAUGGUUUAGCAUGUGUCUUAGUUUUGAAAAUGCUACCUUUCUCAGGCAUUUGGGAGGUCCCGAGGAAACAAACACAGGGCUCUGCGUUCCUUUUUGGAGCAGUUGCAUUACUUCACCUCUCAAAAUUGGUUCGGAACUGUGUUAGAGCAGUUCUUCAUUCGAAUCUGCCGAAUCAUCAGUGUAUUGCCUAUGAACGAGCGGGUUUGUAAUUUUCAUCUCCUAAAUGUACCAAUUUGAGAGGCAUAUUAAUUUAUAUAUCAAAUUAAAUGGCUUGCAGUUGCAACCCUUGCUGCUUUCUUUUCCCUUAACAUUUUUUUCCUAUUUAUUUGUUGUUAAUAGGAAGUGUUGGAACUUCUUGUUCCAACUUCCAAGCAUCAGGUAUCCAUUGUCUGGUCUCAGCCUCUCGUCUCAUUGGGGAUAUGUACAUUGCCAUUUUCUUAAAAUAAUGAAGCAAUUAUUCUUAUUUCUUGGACAAUUCCUUUUUUUUGGUCUUUUGAAAGAUCAAAUUUGCAAGUUAAAUUUUUGUUAAUGGUGUUCAAAUUCUUUGAGGUCUAUUAUCUUGUAGCUUGAAUUCAAUGUCGCUCUUAUUUGUACUACUACGACGCGGUUGAGGAAAUGCCAUUGUAGCUUUUUUUUUUUUUUUUUUUUUCUUAUUUCCCUCUUAAUUUGUAUUAGUUUUAAGACUAUUUCAUAAGCAGUAUGUGAGUUCUUUUUAGCAAAUAUAAGUAAUAUAUUUAAAGCUAAAUGUAUAUGUGGGUUUAUUUUCAUCAAACCAAGC